GUGCUCACGACUCAAGGCUUUUCUAAUCACUUCUCUGGACUUCAUCUCCUCGGUGAACUCGGUUUACCUCCAUCCCAGAAAGAUGACUUUCUCCAGCCUGUGCUAUCCAGAAUGCGGGGUGGCCCGGCCCUGUCCAGUCACUGGCACCUGCAACGAGCCGUGCGUUAGGCAGUGCCAGGACUCCGAAGUGGUGAUCAGACCCUCACCGGUUGUCGUGACCCUUCCAGGACCAAUUAUGAGCAAUUUCCCUCAGCACAGUGGAGUGGGAGCUGUAGGAGCACCUGUGGUCGGACCUGGUUUCGGGGGCUCAUUCGGACAUGGGGGAUACGGCUAUGGAGGCCUUUACGGAGGAUUGUACGGUUUAGGGGGAUACGGUGGUUACGGUGGCCAUUACGGUUAUGGGGGAUUAUGGGGCCAUGGAGGAUACCGUGGUUACCCAGGUCUUUAUGGUUAUGGGGGAGUUAUGGGGAUAUGGGGGAUAUGGCCGUAG